AUGGGCAUUCCUAUGGAAAUAUACCAGGGUCUGGACAGGGUGCUAUUUUACGACAGAAGAGAAGAGAAUGUGUCCGAUGAACGCGCGACCCGAUAUUGCUACUACACGGCAAAUAAUGGUUAUCCACCUCUUCCAAGUACGGUUAAAGAUCACAUAUGCCAGCUUUCCUUGAAUAGUCUUUUGGGAGAUGGCCCGGAUGCUGGAAACUUGGGUGAAGAUGAAGAUGAAGAUGAAGACGUUGAGGAUAAUCUUCGAAGUAAUCGGGGGUUGGAAUUCGUGCGGAUUAAUAAUCAUUUCUCCACCCAUGAUUUAAAAAGUUUUGAAAGCUUUCGAAACUUCAAUAACAAGUACUGGAUUUUUUAUUCUAAUCAAGCAGAAGACAAGAAACUACUGCUCUACGAUUUUGACGAUCAGCGUUUCACCGUUAUCAAGCAGCAAUUUCACGGUCAGUUGAACCUAUUGCUAUCUGACACAAUAAUGUGUAUGGACUGCAAUUUCGAUUACAACUCUAACACCGUUCAAAUUUUAGUUGGCUUCCAGAAUGGAAAGCUGUUAAAACUAUGCUGUGACUUGAACGGGAACGUUAACAACCACUUGAUAUUGAAGGACUCUUCAAAUCCCACUUAUCGGAAUGAAGUGUAUCGGCCUAUACUAACAAUCUGGGCAGGUUUGUUACCUCAUUUUGUUGUUUCCUUCAGCUUGAAGGACGGGCUGCUAAUAACUUCUUUGAAUCACCAGCAGGCAAACGGGAACUUUCAAAGCUUCAAAACUAAUCUUGAUUUACCCAGAAAUCUAAACACAGCCACAGAUGUUAAGUUUGUUUUGAAUUUCCCACAGUUCACCUUAUAUCAAGGAGAUGAUAUAAUUUUUCACUGUAAAAAUAUCUUGGAACCUAACGAUUCCACACUGAAUAAGGAAAUAAACUUUAUGCUGAAAACAGACGAAGCCGUUCAAAAAAUUGACUAUCUUACAAAAACAGGUCAUGUUUUACUUGAAACAAACGUAAGAUAUCUAUCAAUUCCGACACGAAACUCUACCGAGAAUCCAAGGUCUAAUGUGGCGGCUUCGGACAGUAACGAGGUUUAUCCGAUCUUUUACAAGACGCAGGAACUCCACGUUCAUGCUUUAAGAACGGGACGUCAAAUAGCAAACAACGGAAAAUAUAUCUUCAUAACCGAGCAGCAUCUCUACGGAACAGCACUAUCGGUAUACAAAUAUUCUACCUCCUUCAAGCGAUGGCUGUUCGUGGGCUAUUCGGACAUCCGGGCUAAAUAUGGCAUAAAGAAUGUGAAAGACCUUUUCGUAGGUAACUGCCUCUCCGUGAAUAGCCCAGUUGUGACGAUCCUUACUGAUGACAAUAAUAUUCAAACGAUUCUUCUUAAAUAA